GGCGGAGCAGCAGGGCAGGCCAGCAUGUGCGACCUGGUGGCCCGCACGGGCCGGCACCAGCAGCGCUACGAGGACGGCCGGAGGCUCGUGGCCGGGUGCAUACCAUUUAGGUACAGAGCGAAUAAUGAUGAAACUUCUGGUGAUGAACAGGACAAAGUUGUUGAAGUUCUCAUGAUAAACUCCCAAAGCGGACCAGGGCUAUUGUUCCCAAAGGGAGGAUGGGAGAACGAUGAAACUGUUGAACAGGCAGCUGCUCGAGAAGCUAUAGAGGAAGCUGGAGUUCGCGGAGACAUAGUGCAAUUUCUAGGUUUCUAUGAUUUCAAGAGCAAGACUCAUCAGGAUGCAUGCUGCCCCGAGGGUAUGUGUAGAGCGGCAGUGUUUGCGCUGCAUGUGAAGGAAGAGUUGACCUCAUGGCCUGAGCAGAGCACCCGCCGGAGGACCUGGUUGACACUCCCAGAAGCCACAUCGCAAUGUCGGUAUCAGUGGAUGCAAGAAGCCUUGGUCACCGGAUUUUCCGACUGGCAUGACAAGUGGAGCAAAGGUGGUGGUGGCGGCUGCGGUGGCCCGGUCUAAAUGAACGAAGGCGUCAU